AUGAAUGCCCCGCCGGCCUUCGAGUCAUUUCUGCUUUUCGGGGGAGAAAAGAAGAUAACGAUCGAGAAGGACACAAAAGUUCCGAAUGCGGCCAUCUUUACGGUGAACAAAGAGGAUCAUACUCUGGGGAACAUGAUUCGUGCGCAGUUACUGAAGGACCCCUGUGUUCUGUUUGCGGGCUACAAAGUGCCACACCCGCUGGAACACAAGUUUAUAUUGAGAGUUCAGACAACCCCGGACAGUUCUCCACAAGAAGCGUUCACCAAUGCCAUAACCGAUCUCAUCAGUGAACUGUCAUUGCUCGAAGAACGAUUCAAAGAGGCUGUGAGGGAAAAGCACGAUGGAUUAGACUAG